GGGAAUCUUGCCUUCAUCUCUACAGUCAUGAACGUCGUUCGCGAAAUAAAUAAGAUCAACGAACGUGAACUCGAACUCGGGAUUUCAGGUUCAUGGCAUGAUGAGUACAAGGAUUCUGCGUAUGUAUUCAUCGGCGGUCUGAACUUUGACCUGACUGAAGGUGAUGUGAUCACAAUAUUUUCCCAGUAUGGGGAAGUCAUGGAUGUCAAUCUCCCUCGGGACAAAACCACUGGGAAGACCAGGGGAUUUGCCUUCCUCAUGUAUGAAGAUCAAAGGUCCACGGUAUUGGCCGUCGAUAAUCUCAAUGGUGCCAACGUGCUGGGCAAGACGCUGCGUGUGGACCAUGUAAAGAACUAUAAACAGCCAAAGGUGAAAGGCGAAGAUGGAGAAUGGGAGGAACCCGAAGAACAGAGUUUGAAUGCCAGGCCAGAGAUGGUCAUGGAUGGAGGUCAAGCAUCGGAUUCAGAUGCGUCUUCGGUUAUUUCCAUCGAUCCUGAAGACCCAAUGCGGGACUACAUCUUGGCACAAAGGAAAGAAGAAAAAGCCCUAAAGAAAUCCAAAAAAUCCAAAAAAUCGAAGAAAUCCAAAACAUCCAAGAAGCGGCGUGGUGACGAUGGCAGGAGAUGACAAGAAUGAGUAAUCAGAAGUGUUUGUUUGUUUUCUCAAUGACCAUAUCUCAACAACGCUAGACUCUGCAUAUAAUGUAUGGCAUGCGAGACUUCGGGUGUUUAGAACACGGAAGGUAUCUUUUUCGGCAGUGU